AUGGUGCAAAUAAUUAAGUCUAUCUUAUUUAUUAAAACUUCUGCCUUAGUCCUUGUAACAUGUAUAUGUCAUUUUAACAAUGAUAUGCGAACAUUUAAUAAAUUCGCGGAUGAAAAAUACAAACAUGGAAGAAAUUUAGAUACAAUAUCCUUUCGAUUAUUAGCAAAAUAUAAACAGGAUAAGGAUUCGCAUAUUUUAGGGAUAAAACAGAAUAAAUCAAAUAAUAAUGAGCAUGAAAACUAUGAUAUAACUAUUAAUGAAAAAGGGAACAAAGGAAAAAACAAAAAAUCUGAUAAAAGUUCAUUAAAUAAGGCGCAAUACUAUAUGGACGUAACAGAUUAUAACAAUGGAAUGUUUGAUGGAAAACAUUUUCAUUUUGAAAAAAAAUGGAUUAAAAAAAAAGAUUACGAUAAUUUUCUUGAAAGGAACAGGAGAAUUUGUGAUAUAUCUUUAAGAAAAAUAAGAUUUAGGAAGUAUGGUACUGGAGUUGCUAUGUUUGUUAUUUUUUCCUUGUUUGCAGCAGCAAUUGAUGUAUUACCAAGAUUAAAAUCUUUGAAUACUGCAUGGAAAUCGAUUAAAGAGGAAACUAAUAUAAUGAAAAUUUUGUAUGACUAUGUAGAUAAGUGGAAAACACCACUAAAGACCUCUAUUUAUUUAACAUUAUAUAGUGUACUUAUGCUUAUCUUAAUUAUUGUGCUUGUAAUAGGAAUUUGUAGAGUUUUAGGAAACAAUGAAAAAUAUAAUAAAAUUAAAUUGAUGUCUGAACAAAAUGCAUAUUAA